AUGUUCUACUUCCACUGCCCCCCGCAGCUAGAGGGCGCGGCCCCCUUCGGAAGUCAUUCCGGCGGCGACUUCGACGACGGGUUCCUCCGAAGGAAGCAGCGCCGCAACCGCACCACCUUCACCCUGCAGCAGCUCGAGGCACUGGAAGCCGUUUUUGCUCAAACCCAUUACCCCGAUGUGUUCACUAGGGAAGAGCUGGCUAUGAAAAUCAACCUCACGGAAGCCAGAGUCCAGGUAUGGUUCCAAAACAGAAGAGCUAAAUGGAGGAAAACAGAGAGGGGUGCUUCUGACCAAGAGGGCUCUAAAGAAACAAUGGCUGAGGUGGCACCUCCUGUGAGAAAUUUAAAUUCCCCUUCUCCAGCAGAUCAAACCAGGAAUAAAAAAGAGAGUCUGGAGAUCCAGCAAAGCCUGAGUAGAGCAGUGGGUCCUACAGGACCUUUCUUCCCAUCCUGUUUGCCAGGGACUCUUCUCAACACAGCCACCUACGCACAAGCUUUGUCUCAUGUCGCCUCUCUAAAAGGGAGCCCGCUGUGCUCGUGCUGCGUUCCAGACCCCAUGGGCCUCUCGUUCCUGCCCACCUAUGGCUGCCAAAGCAACCGCACCGCCAGCGUGGCUGCACUGCGCAUGAAGGCCCGGGAGCACUCGGAGGCCGUGCUCCAGUCUGCCAACCUCCUGCCCUCCAACAGCAGCAGCCCCACUUCUCCCACCAAACCUGGCCCUGAGGGCAGCCAGGACAAGCAGCCCUCCCCAUCCAAGGAGCACAUGGAAGGAGAGAAGAGUGUAUGAG